UAGCAACUUAAAAUUAUUGUGUUCCAUAAUUCCAGGACAUCCAUAUCCCACCACCAUCUCCCCCUUCUCUCUCUUUCCCCCCAUACACUCCAUUUUUCUAAUAUUCCGCACUCGGAUUGCUGCUCCCCUGGUGAAGGGCGCGCACACCGGUGCGUGUUCCCCCCCCCCCAACGUCCUCCGCCAUCGCCAUCGUCAUCGUCAUCGUCAUGGCCUUUAACCUCCCACUUUUCUUCCUCCUUUUUUUCUUGCCUUUUGUUUUUCCUUCUUACGCUUUGCCCGAGUCCGAUAUCCUUCUCAAGUUCAAAUCUACCUUAAACAAUGCCUCUGCCUUGAAGAGUUGGGACAGCAAUCCCCAACCUCCAUGCAAUGGCCCAACUGCCAAUUGGAUCGGCGUUCUUUGCAAUCAUGGCGCCAUUUGGGGUCUCAAACUCGAGGCUAUGGGACUUUCCGGCUCCAUUGAUGUCAAUACCUUAAAAGACCUGCCCAACUUGACUACCUUAAGCUUUAUGAACAAUAGUUUCAAUGGUCCUAUUCCCGAGUUGAACAAACUUAAAGAACUCAGAUCCGCUUAUUUAUCCUUCAACAAAUUUUCUGGACAAAUUCCUGCCAAUGCCUUUGAUGGUUUGAUUUUGAUCAAGAAAUUGCAUCUAUCCCAAAAUCAGUUAACGGGUGCAAUUCCUGCCUCUUUGGCCACCUUGCCCAAGCUUACGGAGCUUAAACUUGACGGCAACCAGUUUUCGGGUAAAAUACCUGACUUUAGACUUCCCAUUCAAACGCUGGAUCUCUCAAAUAAUCAAUUGGAGGGUCCUAUACCAGCAAGCCUUAGUAAGAUGGACGCCCAAGUUUUUGCAGGCAAUAAGGGGCUGUGUGGUGGACCAUUGAAGGCGUGUGAGUCCCCCGGUGGAUCAAACUCUACUUCCAACGAUGGGUCCGGUUCCGGUUCCGGUUCUGGUUCCGAUUCCGGUUCCGGUUCCGGUUCCGGUUCUGGUUACGAUUCCGGUUCCGGUUCCGGUUCCAGCUCCAAGAAGCCACCAAUAUGGAUGAUAGCGAUCCUGGUGGUAGUUGGGGUGUUGAUAGUAGUGGCCAUAUUUGCAGUGAUGAUGAUGAAACGACAGAGAAAGCAGGAAGCAACGCCAUCAUCAGUGGAGGCCCCACCAUCAAAUGUGCGAGCAAAAGGGUACAAGGGAGAAAAACACGGGUCGCCAGGCAACUCAAGGAAUGGAAAGAGGGCUCCCGAGGCGACUGUUAAACUUACAUUCGUGAGGGAUGAUAGAGAGAGGUUUGAUUUGCCAGACUUGCUAAAAGCCUCGGCCGAGGUAUUGGGAAGUGGAUCCUUUGGGUCAUCGUUUAAGGCUGCUCUGUCAAUUGGGCCUGUGGUGGUGGUGAAGAGGUAUAAACAGAUGAACAACGCUGGGAAAGAAGAGUUCCUUGAGCAUAUGAGGAGGAUAGGGAGACUGACCCAUGAAAACUUGCUUCCUCUCGUCGCCUAUUACUAUAGGAAGGAAGAGAAGCUCCUUGUCUCCGAUUUUGUUAAAAAUGGAAGCUUGGCAGUGCAUCUCCACGGUCGCAAAUCCACGGGGCAUCCAACGCUGGAUUGGCCAACUCGAUUGAAGAUCGUGAAAGGAGUAGCCAAGGGGCUGGCAUACCUGCACAAGGAAUUGCCUAGCUUGAUAGUGCCCCACGGACACCUGAAAUCCUCAAAUGUUCUCCUCAAUGAAACCUGUGAACCCCUCCUCACGGAUUACGGCCUGAUACCUAUAAUCAACCAGGAAAGUGCAAAGAAACUGAUGGUGGCUUAUAAGUCACCAGAAUAUGCGCAACAAGGCAAAAUUACAAGAAAGAGCGACGUAUGGGCUCUUGGAAUAUUGAUAUUAGAGUUAUUAACGGGAAUGUUCCCCGGAAACUUCAAGGGCAAGGAGAGUGAUCAUCAUCAGGAAGAGGAUUUGGCAAAUUGGGUGAAGUCGGUUGUUGGUGAUCAAGAAAGGCCGUCCAAGGAUAUGGAGGUGUUCGACAAAGAGAUGGGAACAAUAAAUGACAGUGAUGGGGAAUUGAUGCAAGAUCUGUUAAAGAUAGGAUUGAGUUGCUGUGAAGAAGAUGUGGAGAAGAGAUUAGAUUUAAAAGAUGCUGUUGGGAGAAUUGAAGAAUUAAAGCGCAAGGAUGAUGAUGGUGCAUCCAAGGCCGGCCAGUGAGGAUGGCAACAAAUAUAACAUCGACGAUAACUUCUUUUAAUUCCCGCCCACUACAUAUACCCUUUUUUACUCCAAGAGUCGACCAAAUAUAAUCUCUCUUUUAUCUUUGGUUUCUUUAUUUUGUGGGGGACUACUUCAAGUUGAAGGCCACAACCUUACUGAAUUUAUUUGAGAUUUGGAGUUCAAAGCAUUUAAUUUUGUUUUUCUCAUCGCUAGAUUUCCUUAGGAUUGAUGAUAUUAUUAUAUAUAGCCUGCACCUGCAGUUUCUUGCCCUUUUUUUUCUCUCCAUAAAUAUCAUCAUAUGUUGUACCCAUACUACAAUAUCUAAAUCACUUUUUUUAAUUUAAUUUCCUUAAAUUAAUUAAGA